AUGAUGAAGAGAAUGAUGAAGAAUUUGGAUCAUCAUCACCAUAAUAACAAUCAAUUAUUAUUACUCUCGGAGAAGGCUUCAAAUUAUCUUCGAAAUUUCUCAUCAUCAAGAAUUAAAUUAUCAUCUUCGGAAGAAAAGAAAAUUGAAGAUUUGAUUAAUAUUUCCCAAAUUAAUAUUGAUGAUGAACCAAUUACUAGUAAAUGGAUUAAAUUGAGGAGAAUGAAGUAUAUUCAGAAUGGUGUUUCUAAAACAUGGGAUAUUGCCAUGGUCAAUGAUUCAGUUUCUUGCUUGAUUUAUCAAAAGACAAGACAGGAAUUUAUCAUUAUUAGACAAUUUAGACCAUCAAUACUUGCUAGACAAUUAUUUAAGGAAAAUCCAAUUGUACAAAAUGUGAAUAUUUCAUCAGAUAAAAUUGAAUAUACUUUCGAGUUGUGUGCUGGAUUGAAGGAUAAGAAUCUUCCACCCAAUGAAACAAUUCAGGCAGAAGUGGAGGAAGAAUGUGGAUAUAGAGUACCAAUUUCGAAUAUUCAACAUGUGAAUACCUAUUAUACAUCUACUGCUUCAAGUGCUUCAAUGCAACAUUUGUAUUAUAUUGAAAUGGAUGAUGAGAGUGAAUUGAAAUGGAAAGUGAGUGAGGGCGGAGGUUUAGAGAGUGAGGGUGAAAUUCUUUUACCUUUCAGAUUACCACUCAGUAAGGUUUCCAGUUUCCUUAAGGAUGGCCCAAAACCUUCAACACUGAUUUAUGCAAUAACUUGGUGGUUUUUGGAGAAGGCCACUAAAGAACAACGAGAUUUAUUCUAUUUCAAGUGA